GAACAAGACUGUCAUCUUCGUUGAUUGAUUGUCAAUUCAUCGCCCUUGAGCUUUCAAACGAACUGUCACCCAUUGAGAGUUGCCGUACGGCGGAAGAACGAGGAUGACUCUGAUCUCUUCGAACAACCUCCUGAAAGCCGCCGUGCUUGUCAACGGAACUCCAGCCAGACCUUGGGAUAUCAAUCGGGAUAAGUCGAAUGAAACCUCGGGAACUAUUAACCUUGUCGGGAAAAGGCCCUUCAGCAUCGAAUUAGAUGUGGCCGCAUACUUCUCCAGUAGAGUCCCCCGACUUCGAGGACAACCCAAUGCGGACGUGUUGCGUCGGAACCGUGCGCAGGCACAUCUUCAAGACUGCACCGACUUGCGAGCCGAGGUAUAUCUCGACGAAUCCCACAUCCUCACUAUCAACUUCCCAUGCACCCAGAAUCAGUCGUUCUCUGGCAGUUGGAGCAAGCCAAACGACCCUGCAAUCGAGGCCAAGCAGAUCUAUGCGACUCAUUGCGAAGCGCAUAUCGAAAUCGACAUCUUCAGGUGUAUCCUGGUACCGGCUAAAACAGCCAAACGAUCUGCUAAGCGAGCGAAGACAGAAAGGGAUGAGUAUGAGGAAGACCUCCAGGCUGCAGAUCAACCUGAUGAUCCCGAAGCAUGGAAGGUCUUUGCCAUGUGGGAUGACGAUGAUAAACCCUAUCACUCGUUUGACUUUACGUAUGUGGAUCUUGAACGUUGGGAACGGGAAAAAGCCGAGCAGCGGCAGCGACAGCGACAUGCUGGCAAACGUGGAGAGCGCGACGAUGCUGAGCCGCAGGUCGAGACGGCUGAGGAACAGCAAGGCUUAGAGAACGCUGUAGAUGUGGAUCAGCCAAGCGAGCCAGAGGGAAGACAGCCGGAUUCUGUCCAGCUUGCUGCCGAUCUGGAACGUCGAUUGCAAGAGGUUGAACAACGAGAGCGUGUGAUUACUCAACAAGAGCAGGAUCUCGCUGAGCAACGUCAAAGAGCUCACCGAGAACAGCGGGAAAUCGCGCGGGGGCUCGAGGAGCGUGAAAGAGUACUUUUGCAGCGUGAACGAGACUUGGAUGCACGGUGUGCGUGCAGCUCCCGAGUCGUGCCACAAGUAGGCGAGGACGAGCGGAAGCCGAACAUCGAGCAUCGAGAGCACUUGCAACACCUACAUUGUGAGGCGGUUAACCAGGUACCCAAGAAAGAAGCUUCCAAUCCGCAUGAGCCUGUCAGCGAGAAGAAGGGCAAAGGUAGAGCCCCGUCUUUGUCUCGUUCUUCCAGCAAGCGACCUCGUCGGGACAGCGAUACUGUUCGCUAAGUGCACGGCAAUCCGGGAUUGACCUGCGGAACGAGGAAUGGGUACCAAGGCGAAUACUAACAAGCGAAUCACAUCAAGCCUUGUACAAGAGCUGCUUCUCGAAUUCGAUACACGCAGCUCAGCCAGUCAACAUGUCCGAAACAAUAUGCUUUAAAUCGAUGUCAUGGGCUGUAUUACAA